AUGUCCUCGACUUCCAUGUUGGGGACCCUCUUGACUUUACCAGAGAUUGCAGCGACUGCUAUGACACGCGAUGAUGCGAGUCCAAUCAUUGCUCUCUCGUCACAGGCCCGUUCUAAGGGCUAUGAGGUUGUAUGUCUCCCACUUACCACCGACAGUUGGAAGAAGCGUUGGACAGAGAUGUGCUUACUUCCCACUGGUGCCGAUUUAGCGGCAGAUAUGGCUGCUGAAAAAUUGGCCGAAGCAUGGAGGACAAAGCCAUAUUUUUUGCUCGACGAGGUUACCAUAACACAACUGGAGGAAGCCGAAGGCGUUACAGCCAUUGCGUCGGAGUGGUUAGAACUAGACGCGUCUGACGAUUGGGCGCUCCAACAGGAACUUGCUUAUGCUGCAUAUCUGAAUAUCCACGCUACUAUUCUACCUCCUCCUCGCAACCGAGAGCACGUUACCUCAUAUGCGCGGGCGGUCAAUGCUUGUUUAAAAACACACCCAUACAUGCAUCUCUCAAUUCGUCUUCCGAUCUACAACCCAACCGUUCUCGAGGGCCACUUGACCCCUCUGCCUGACUCGAUGUCUCCUCAACUUCUGGGAUCUCUUUCUCCGACCCCAUCAACUCCCCGUCUCGUGGUGUCUGAUGAUCGUAGCUCCGACAGCCCUCCCACGAACCUUGACGCGACUUGGGAGAUGUGGGAUGUCAUACGCUCCAUUUGCGACUACAAUACUCGCCUAACACUCACCCUCGAUUUGACACCACCCUUACCCGUCAACUCGGGAUUUCUAUCCAAAUGGAAAGCCGAGGCCAUACGCUAUCUAUUCCUUCCAGCAUCUACAUUCAUUGCGAAUUCAAAGGGCUAUCCCGUUUUGCCAAAAGGCACACAAUCUUUUAUUCGGGCAAGCAUGAUGGCGAGUGGUUCUACGAUGUGUCAACAUCGUCCCGUUAUUAUUUUAUCAGGUGCAAAUCAAGGACUCCACGCUCUUGGGGGUGAACUUGCGUAUUCCCAGUAUUUGCGGCAUAUCGAGAAAACAAGCCCAGCAUUCCAAGCACUGAAUACGUCUGGUACAGUGGAGAACUUCGCUCAAGGCUACCAGGACUAUCUGCAAGCGCCUCUUCAGCCUUUGAUGGACAACCUACAGAGCGUCACCUACCAGACGUUCGAGCAGGACCCGGUCAAAUACCAUAACUAUGAGGAGGCCAUAUAUCAUGCUGUUCUUGACUGGCCAGGGGACCACAAAAUUAUUAUCUGUGUCGCGGGUGCUGGUCGAGGACCGCUCGUAGCAAGGUCUCUCAUUGCUGUCCAGCGUGCAGGACGUGAUGCUCACAUUUAUGCCGUGGAGAAAAACCCCAAUGCAUAUGUCACACUUCAAGGCAGGCAUGAGGCCGAAUGGGGUGAUCAAGUUACACUUUUGUUUGGAGAUAUGCGCCAUAUAGAAGUGCCAGAAACAGCCGAUAUCCUGGUCAGCGAACUUCUCGGUUCAUUUGGGGACAACGAGCUUAGUCCCGAGUGCCUCGACGGCGCAAUACGUUUCCUAAAACCCGACGGAAUCUCCAUUCCCUCAUCGUAUACCGCCCAUUUGGCUCCUUUGUCCUCUGCCAAACUGUUCAAUGAAGCGAGGAUAGGAAAGGAAGAAAAGAAUCUCGAGACGCCUUAUGUCGUUAUGUUCCAGGCGGUCAACAUUCUCAGUGGAGACGGAAGCAGCACGAAUGGACGUUGUGGACCCCAGGUCCAAGAAUGCUGGGAGUUUGAGCAUCCGCGACGCGACGCCGUCUUAGACCAGCGAGGCCUUCCCCUCACCAACAGUCACAACGCCCGGUCUGCCAAACUCAACUUCUUCAUUCCCCAUGCGGGCGUUUUACAUGGGUUAGCUGGAUACUUCGAAGCGGUUCUCUACGGAAACAUUGGGCUGAGCAUCCACCCCCAUCGAAAAGACAGAAUCUCAAAAGACAUGCUUAGUUGGUUUCCCUUAUUUUUCCCGUUUAAGGAGCCGCUAUACCUGCCAAGCAACUCAGAGCUCCAGGUAUCGAUUUGGCGAUUGACGAACCAGCGUCAAGUGUGGUAUGAAUGGCAUGCUGAAGCGUUUUUAAACGUUAUCGGAGAGCCAUCGCUCGAAACAGAGGUACCUCUGCCCUCACCACGCUCCGCAAAUUUUGCGAGUGGAUCCUUUUUCUCAUCGCCUCCGAGGAAUACGCCAAGUCCGCUUUUUGACGCAAGCGCAGCGAAUGACACAUCCUCAUUUACCUUUGAUCGGAGAGUUUCCGUCGAUUCGAUGGUACCUCCCGGUCCACGGUUAAUCAAGAUCGGUCAUACCAGUUUGCACAAUCCUGGAGGGCGAAGCAGUUGGAUCGGGUUGUGA